AUGGCUUUCCCUUUUCUGAGAAGCUUUAUUAUGCUUUUCAUCUACCGAUAUGCCCGCUUGAUCAUCAACCUGUGGUCGUUCUACACCUUCAAAACAAUUCCCAUCCCGGAGAGCCCCAGGUUGAAUGCUGAUGACGUGACCGUGAUCAUACCCACUCUGGAGGGAUGUGGUGACGAGCUGGUUGAAACAAUCCGCACCAUCCUGGACAACCGGCCCGCCGAGCUGCUGCUGGUUACCAUCGAGGCCAAUCGCAAAAAGGCCGAGAAGAUGCUGAAUGCCAUGCCUGCCUUCAACUCGAGAGUUCGCCUCUUCACCGUUACCCACCCCAACAAGCGCCGUCAGAUGACUAGGGCCAUUCCGGAGGUCCGCACUGCCAUUACGAUCUUUGCCGACGACGAUGUCAGCUGGCCGGCCACUGCCCUGCCGUGGAUCUUGGCCCCGUUCGACACUGACGAGCGUUACGGCGGCGUGGUGACCUGCCAGCGCCUGCGCAGAGCUGUCAAUCCCACCUUUUCCGAACGCAUCUGGAACUUCCUCGGCGCGCUCUACCUCGAGCGUCGCAACUUUGACUGCGCCGCCACCACUCACAUGGAUGGCGGUGUGCCUUGUCUGUCUGGCCGCACCGUUGCCUAUCGGACCAAGAUCCUGCAGGACGACGGCUUCACCCACGCCUUCACCAACGAAGAAUGGUGGUUUGGCAAGUACCAGCUCAAUGCCGACGACGACAAUUUCAUUACUCGCUGGAUGGUCUCUCACGGCUGGGAAACCUACGUGCAAUAUCACCCCGAGGUCGAGGUCAAGACUACGCUGGAGAAUAACCCGAUCUUCCUCAAACAGUGCGCUCGAUGGUCGCGAAGCAAUUGGCGCAGCAAUUUGACUAGCAUGUUUAGCGAACGUCAUAUCUGGCAUCGGCAGCCGUGGAGCACAUACGCCGUCCAUCUAACGACGCUUUCGCCUCCUGCCCUUCUCGGCGACUUGCUUCUCGUCUACUUGUGCCACAAGGCCACUGAAUACUGGGAUGGGGACUCGCACGCGCUGGCGAUGCGCUCGCUGCUGGCGUGGAUGCUGUUUAGCAAGUUUGUCAAGCUGCUGGGGCACUAUAUUCGAUACCCGGCCGACUUCGUGAUGUUGCCAAUCUCCAUCCUAUUUGGCUACUUUCACGGCGCCAUCAAAAUCUACGCCGUCCUCACACUUAAUGUGACUACAUGGGGCAGUCGAGAAGGUGCCGAUGCCAAUGACUCGGAACGUAUGAGGAAGCGGUCCGAUAUGGAGCGCCAGAAGCAGCAACAGCGACUCAACAUAUUUCUCUAG